GUCUCAAUCAAAAGUCAAGCAGUCCGUAUUAAGGCACAUUUUUUAAAUCCAUAUAUUUCCAGUCUGAAGAUGGCAUUAAAUACCAUAUUUACAAUUAGCAAUUCAUAAUUGAUUGUGUUUGUUUAGCGUGUGUUUGCUGAACAUAUGGCUGUCCCAUACCAUAGUGGGAUGAUCGAUUGAGGGGGGAAAAAAAGCAGGAGUUCACUGGGUUUGUCAUCCUCGCUCUCUCUGUCCCUCUCCCUCCUUAGCAGUCACCCUCCCUCUUACCUAUCCGGCCACUUUGGUGCUUAUUUAUUCACAGGAUCCUCCCUUAUUCCAUCGUGACAGCGUUUCUGACGAUUUUUCUCCAAUCCAUCGAAUACUGGACAGUAUGUAUUUCGUGUUUCUCCCUUGGUGAUGAAUGAUUUGUGGGAAAACACUGCUCGCGAUCCGUCGCCGCCGCUGCUGCUGGUAUGAUGAUGGAGAGGCGGUGCGUGUCGGAGCGGGGCGGCUAGAGGCCCAGCAAAGCCCCGCGCUGGAUUUACAACCGUGACCGAGCGACCGAACACCAACAGCUGAUUACCUCACAACAACUCUUCGUAUUAUUCAGUGGACCUGAGAAGUUAUAAAGCAAGCAGAUCAGAUGGAAGUCUGAACUAUGAUGAAUGUUUACAUUUACAAGUGGCCGUAACAUCAGACUAAGGAGAAGAAGAGGUUGGAGAUUAUUUUUUUCCCCUGUUGAAGAUUGCGAGGACUACACAUAAUGCCUCCAAGACCCUCCUCGGGAGAACUAUGGGGCAUCCAUUUGAUGCCCCCCAGGAUUCUGGUGGACUGUCUACUGCCCAAUGGCAUGAUCCUGACUCUAGAAUGCCUCCGGGAGGCCACCCUUAUCACAAUCAAACAUGAACUGUUUAAGGAGGCUAGGAAGUAUCCACUCCACCACCUGCUGCAGGAGGAGACCUCCUAUAUUUUCGUCAGUGUAACGCAAGAGGCAGAACGAGAGGAGUUUUACGAUGAGACAAGAAGACUUUGUGACCUUCGGCUGUUCCAGCCCUUCCUAAAGGUCAUAGAACCUGUAGGGAACAGAGAGGAAAAAAUCCUCAACAGAGAAAUCGGUUUUGCCAUCGGCAUGCCCGUGUGCGAGUUUGAUCUAGUGAAGGAUCCUGAGGUGCAGGACUUUAGGAGAAAUAUUCUUAAUGUCUGCAAAGACUCAGUAGAGCUACGAGAUGCCAGUGGGCCACAUAGUCGAGCACUAUACGUUUAUCCUCCAAACGUGGAGUCUUCACCAGAGCUUCCAAAGCAUAUAUAUGGCAAAUUAGACAAAGGUCAAAUCAUUGUAGUUAUCUGGGUGAUAGUUUCUCCCAACAACGACAAGCAAAAGUACACACUAAAGAUCAAUCACGACUGCGUACCUGAGCAGGUGAUUGCCGAAGCCAUCAGGAAGAAGACUAGGAGCAUGCUGCUGUCGGCCGAGCAGCUAAAGAUGUGCGUGCAAGAAUAUCAGGGCAAAUAUAUCCUGAAAGUCUGCGGCUGCGACGAGUAUCUUUUGGAAAAAUACCCCAUCAGUCAGUACAAGUAUGUACGGAGUUGCAUUAUGCUGGGUCGACUGCCAAACCUCAUGCUUAUGUCCAAGGACAGUCUUUACUCUCAGCUGCCUAUGGACAACUUCACCAUGCCCUCCUACGCCCGCCGCAUCUCCACCGCCACGCCUUACAUGAACGGAGAGGCCUCCACCAAAUCCCUCUGGACCAUUAACAGCACUCUGAGGAUACGUGUCCUCUGCGCAACAUACGUUAAUGUGAAUAUUCGGGACAUUGACAAGAUUUAUGUGCGGACAGGGAUCUACCAUGGUGGAGAGCAGUUGUGUGAUAAUGUCAACACACAGCGUGUGCCGUGUUCAAACCCAAGGUGGAACGAGUGGCUGACCUAUGACAUGUACAUUCCCGACAUCCCCCGGGCGGCUCGCCUCUGUCUGUCCAUCUGCUCUGUGAAAGGAAGGAAGGGGGCGAAAGAGGAGCACUGUCCACUGGCCUGGGGAAACGUCAACCUGUUUGACUACACACACACUCUGGUCUCAGGAAAGAUGGCACUGAACCUGUGGCCAGUACCACACGGCCUAGAAGACCUCCUCAACCCCAUUGGGGUCACAGGCUCCAACCCUAAUAAGGAAACCCCAUGUCUUGAGCUGGAGUUUGACCAUUUCAGCUCACCCGUUAAGUUCCCUGACAUGGCCACAAUUGAGGAUCAUGCUAACUGGAUAAUAUCUAGGGAGAUGGGAUACAAUUACUGCCAGUCUGGACAGAGCAGCAGACUGGCACGAGACCAUGCCAUGACAGAGGCAGAUAUAGAGCAACUUCGUCAGCUAGGCAACAGGGACCCACUUUCUGAGAUCACUGAGCAGGAAAAAGACUUCUUAUGGAGACACAGGCAGUAUUGUGUAAAUAUUCCAGAAAUCCUGCCCAAGAUUCUAUUGGCGGUGAAGUGGAAUUCCAGGGAUGAAGUUGCACAGAUGUAUUGUCUUCUUAAAGACUGGCCCGCAAUAAAGCCGGAACAAGCCAUGGAGUUGCUUGACUGUAACUAUCCUGAUCCAAUGAUCCGAGACUUCGCAGUUCGGUGCCUUGAGAAGUAUCUGACUGAUGACAAACUCUCGCAGUACCUCAUUCAGCUGGUUCAGGUUUUGAAGUAUGAGCAGUAUCUUGAUAACCCACUGGUGCGAUUUCUGCUGAAAAAAGCUCUUACCAACCAGAGGAUUGGGCACUUCUUCUUUUGGCAUUUGAAGUCAGAAAUGCACAAUAAAACCGUGAGUCAGCGAUUUGGUCUGCUGCUGGAGUCGUACUGCCGGGCAUGUGGCAUGUACCUGAAGCACCUGAGCAGACAAGUGGAAGCCAUGGAGAAGCUCAUUAACCUCACAGACAUUCUCAAACAGGAGAAGAAGGAUGAAACUCAGAAGGUGCAAAUGAAGUUCCUGGUGGAGCAGAUGAGGCGACCGGACUACAUGGAUGCCCUCCAAAAUUUCACCUCUCCACUCAACCCCGCCCACCAGCUGGGUAACCUACGACUUGAAGACUGUAGAAUCAUGUCAUCUGCCAAGAGACCGCUCUGGCUGAACUGGGAAAAUCCUGACAUCAUGUCCGAACUUCUCUUCCAAAACAAUGAGAUCAUCUUCAAGAACGGAGAUGACCUUCGGCAAGACAUGCUAACACUACAGAUCAUCAGAAUAAUGGAGAACAUUUGGCAAAAUCAGGGGCUGGACCUGAGAAUGCUCCCCUAUGGCUGCUUGUCUAUUGGAGACUGUGUGGGUCUCAUCGAGGUGGUGAGAAGUUCCCACACCAUCAUGCAGAUUCAAUGUAAAGGAGGUCUAAAAGGAGCUCUGCAGUUUAACAGUUCAACACUGCAUCAGUGGCUAAAGGACAAGAACAAAGGCGAGAUGUACGACAUGGCCAUCGACUUGUUUACGCGAUCCUGCGCUGGCUAUUGUGUGGCUACUUUCAUUCUGGGAAUCGGUGACAGACACAACAGUAACAUCAUGGUGAAGGAUGAUGGGCAGCUGUUUCAUAUAGAUUUUGGUCACUUUUUGGACCACAAGAAGAAGAAGUUUGGCUACAAGCGUGAGCGAGUGCCGUUCGUCUUGACUCAAGACUUCUUAAUUGUGAUCAGCAAAGGAGGAACCCAAGAGUGCACUAAAACCAGAGAGUUUGAGAGGUUCCAGGAGAUGUGCUACAAGGCUUAUUUGGCUAUCAGACAGCAUGCCAACCUUUUCAUAAAUCUCUUCUCCAUGAUGCUGGGUUCAGGCAUGCCAGAGCUGCAGUCCUUCGACGACAUCGCUUACAUCCGAAAGACCCUGGCACUGGACAAAACGGAGCAGGAAGCCCUAGACUAUUUUAUGAAGCAGAUGAAUGACGCUCACCAUGGCGGAUGGACCACCAAGAUGGAUUGGAUCUUUCACACCAUCCGACACCAUGCACAAAACUGAGCCGACACAGAUCCCCGCCCCCUGGUGGAACUUAGGGCCGGAUGACAGGCAGAAACAAGACCUUUUUUUGGACGCACUGCCUGGUUAAUGCCCCCAAACCCAAACCUCAUGUACAAAUGACCUUCAGAGCACUAAAACAACCUAGAAGGACAUCUUUUUUUGUCCUCUUCUUGUUUAUUUUUCUUCAUGUGGGGCAUCUCUUGCCCAUCAUUGUCCUGAGUGGUUGUACAUUAUAGCUCCCACCGUUUUUUUGUUUCCUCUCCCCCUUGUGCUGCUCUUUUCCUGGAGAGUCAAUUCUUCUUAUAAUUAAUAUAUAUUAUUUUUUUUCUGCGGAAAACAAACCUUCGAAGAAAAAAAAAAAAAAAAAAAAAAAAAAAGAGUUCUGCACUCUUCAGGAGCUUUUGUGGGGAUGUUCAUGUCUUCCUGUUUAAAACUACAAAUGCCUUCUAAUAUGCACGGAACCUCUGAGAACACUAGAAAAACAGGGUAUGAAACUUUCUGGUCUGCUACCUGGCCUUUCCUCUCAAAACCAACACUAACCCCCCCGAAAGGCAGCCGAGGCGUAGCAGUACGAAUCUGAUGGUGCUGAUUUUCGAAUUGCGCUCCUGUCCUUUGAGUUCAGUUGGCCGCACUGGCCUUUAUAAUAGACGGAUGAUAAGGUUUCGUUCUCUUUUCUUCCUUAUAUGCACAGCGAGCUAAACUGAUAGCCUGAAUACCUUAUUAUGCACUGGACGUGAAUAUUUUUAUUUCCUUUUUAUUACGAACUCACAUUUUGGCCUCACAGUAGCACUACAUGAGUCUUGUACUCCUCAUACGGACUUUUCAGAGACGUCGGUAAUGACAUGGUUUGUGUUCUCAAUAUGCACGCAACUCGCUACACAAUAACAGUGCAGAUCUUUCAUGGUAGAAAGAAAUAUUCAUUUUUAGAACUACCAUAUGGUUUUUCAUUUUUUUGGUUUGAUAGCCAGUACUGAUGGUGAUACGUAAGCAGAUGAGUGCUGAUUAAGUAUUUCCCUUAUUUUACACAAUACAGUUGAGAUCAAAAGUUUACAUUUGCAGAAUCUGCAAAAUGUUAAUUCUUUUACCAAAAUAAGAGGGAUCAUAUAAAAUGCAUAUUAUUUUUUUUUAUUUAGUACUGACCUUAAGAAGACAUUUACAUAUAGUCCACAAGAGAAAAUAAUAGUUGAAUUUAUAAAAAUGACCUGAUUAAGUUUACAUACCCUUAAUAUUUAUUACCGUGUUGUUAACUGAAUGAUCCACAGCUGUUUUUUUUAGUGAUACCUUCAGGUCCCAGAAAUUCUUUGGUUUUUGGACAACUGAGGGACUCAGUGCAACUAUUACAGAAGGUUCAAACACUCAAUGAUGCCUCAGAAGGUAAAACAAUACUUUAAGAGCCGGGGGGUAAAAACUUUUGAACCGAAUGAAAAUGUGUACAUUUUUCUUAUUUUGCCUAGAUACCAUAUAUUUUUUCAUUUAGUACUGCCCUUAGGAAGCUACAGAAGAUGCAUAUUUGUUUCUCAGAAGACAAAAUAAGUUAAAUUUACCCUGAUCUUCAAAUUCCGAAAGUUUUCACCCCCCGGCUCUUAAUGCAUCUUGUUUCCUUCUGAAGCAUCAGUGAGCAUUUGAACCUUCUGUAAUAGUUGCAUACGAGUCCCUCAGUUGUUCUCGGUGUGAAAAGAUGGAUCUCAAAAUCAUACCGUCAUUGCUGGAAAGGGUUAAAAUACACAAAAAUGCAGAAAAAACAAAGAAAUUUUAUGAAGAACAGCAGGCAGUUUAACUGUUCAGGACAAACAAGGAACUCAUGAACAACUAUCACUCAAAAAAACAAAAACAAAUCAACAAGCGAAUCAAGCGUAUAAACUUUUGAACAAGGUAGUUUUUAAAAAUUAAUGAGUAUUUUCUCAUGGACUAUAUGUAAAUGUCUUUUAUGUGAAAUCUCUUAUCCAGGUCAGUACUAAAUAAAAAAAAUAACAUGCAUUUUGUAUGACCCCUCUUAUUUUGCUAAAAUAAUUAACAUUUUGCAGAUUCUACAAGGUGUUUGCAAACUUCUGACCUCAACUGUAUAUCGUUUUAUCACUAAUCAGGACGUAUAUUUUCAUUUGUAUUCCUUACAGAUCAAUGAUGUUUUUCCAGUUCCAGUGUGCGAAACAUCACAGGAAUCCAGGUUAUCGGCUCUCUGUGUUUUCUUGGUUGUCCGGUGCGAUUGAGCAGCGCAGAGUAACGAUUGUCCUACCAGAUACCCUGGCAGCGUGCAGAUAUGAAGCCUUAAUACACUCGCUUAGUAUGAAUGGAUGAAUGGAUAUUCUUCUCCAUGUGCCCUUGCAUGCCACAGAAAAGCAAUUGCUUGACGCUGAGCAGUUAAGAAAGAACAAAAUAGCCUUUUUCCCCUUCUGUUAAGUUGGCGUAUCUCUGGGUACUUUAUUCUACUACACUAAAACUGGCAAGACGUUUCCUACUAGCCUGACUGUUUUUUUUUUAUUUUUUUUUUUUAAACAAAUACAACCCGUAAUUUGUGUGCGAAGCAUUAAAAAGAUAGUCCAUCCAAAAAUGAGUUCUUUUGUUAUUCUGUUGUAAAUGUUGGUAGCUAAACCACCAAGAGUGGAAAACAGAGGUGAAUCCAGAAAUGAUCAAAAUAUCAACAAAGGGUCAUUUUGGGGUGGACUGUCUUUUUAAAACAGAUGGUGCUAUGUAUUCAAACAUUAUAAUGAAAGAUUCUAUGGACGAAAUGUAUGUUUUAGAUGGUUAAAUGGCUUUUAGAUGCUUCAGAUGACACUGGUCAAAUAUAAUUUGCCGAUGACACUACAGUACAGUGCAUUAUAAUUAGAUACAUUUAUAUACAUACAUGCAUAUGUGUAAGUGUAUAUACGCGCAUUCUGUUCCUCAUUGUCUCUUUUGUUUUU